AUGCGAAGAAGUUAUUCAGGGUCAUCGUUAUUUAAAGGUGCGAGAAAUUUCUUUUUAAAUUUCAAGAAUGAUAAUUUUAAAGAUGAAAAUACACAACCAGUUGAUGAAAUAAUACCUUAUGUUCAGUAUCCAUUAAUAACCAAAGAACAGUUGAGGAAAAUUUCUUGUGACAAGUUUAAAUUUGAAGUUGGUUAUGCGUCAUUUGGCUAUCAUUCAGAUUCAAUAGUUCCGUCGAUAAAUUCAUUAAGUGAUUUAACUGAUCCAACUUCAUUAAAUACAUUAUUACCAAAAAGAAGACCGCACGGGUCACCAAGUGAUACUUUAAGUAUUAAAGCUGGAGAUGAUACUAUGUUAGUUUCGCCAACAGUUUUAGGUUUAGCUGAUGGUGUUUCAGGUUGGGAAAGUGAGGGUCAAUUAUCAAAUUCUGGUAUUUGGUCUAGAUCUAUUGUUGAAACCUUUUCAAGAUUAAUGACUGAAUAUAAAAUAAGUCAUGCACCACAUCAUUUAAAAAGAAGAGAUAUUCAGGAGAUUUUAGAUGAUUCUUUUUUACACACUUCACAUUUGAUGGAUUUACAAAAAUUGAGUGGUAGUUCAACUUUAAUUUUGGGUAUGUUAAGUGGUGAUUUAUUAAUAAUGUGUAGUAUCGGUGAUUCAAGAAUAUUUAUUAUUAGAGAUGGGAAGAUUAUUAAAUCAAAUGAAGAACAAAUGAUUAGUGAAUUAUGUCCUCAACAAAUUGGUACUCAUACUUUAAAUCAUUUACCAUCUGAUAUUGCAUGGAUAGAAAGUUUUAAAUUAAAAGAAAAUGAUUAUAUUAUAAUGUGUUCUGAUGGUAUAACUGAUAAUUUGUAUGAUUGGGAAAUUUUAGAUUAUUUAGAUGAAUUCAUAAACCAAAAGAAGAAUAAUGUUAAAACAAUUGCAAAUAAAUUAUUAAUUAAAGCAAAAGAAGUUGCAUUUGAUGAUUAUGCUUAUACUCCUUAUAAUGAAAAAGUCAAUUCAUUAAAAGAUAUUGCACAUCAACAAAGUCAAGGUGGUAAAGUAGAUGAUAUGUCUAUUGUUGCUGCAAAAGUCGUUUUUAAUAAAGAUAUCAAUAAGAAUAUAAAAUAA